CAUAAGUAGCAGUGGGGACGAACGUAGCCGACCAACAAGUUUUUGCACACCAAGUUCCUGGGCUGAUGAAGAGAUCAACUAUAGUGCUCAACAACAAGUAUCUGCAAAUUACUGUAAAAAUGACAAACUUUUAAAUGGUUCGUGUGGUGUGGAAUAUAGGAAGAGAUCAAAACUCAAAUCUCAGCGUCCUCUAACACGCUACCUUCCUGUACGCGGAUCACAGCUGGACUUACGUUAUCAUAUUGAGACAGCCGGUCAUCAGAUUGAGCUGUGCCCUUUCAUCCAAGUGACCGCUACAGCCUGUCGAGGCUACCUGCACAAACUGGGGGGAGCAUUGCAUAUUUGGAGGAGAAGAUGGUUUGUGUUUGACCGAAAAAAGCAUGCUUUGAUUUAUUAUAAUGACAAAAGUGAAACCAAAGUAAAAGGUGGAGUUUAUUUUCAGGCCAUUGAAGAGGUGUAUGUAGAUCACCCUCACUCCAGUAGAAGUCCGUAUCCAAGAUCCACAUUUUGUGUGAAAACGUAUGAUCGAACUUAUUAUCUUACUGCACCUAGUCCAGAAGCCAUGCGGAUAUGGGUGGAUGUGAUUUUCACAGGAGCGGAAGGAUACAAGGAGUUUUUGAUAAAUAUUGCCUCCUAGUGUUUCACAGGUUUCUAGGAAGGUUUUUACUUUAUAAGUAAUAAUGAUCUGUACAGGAGGGUAACAACCAUCUGCAAUGAACAGACUGAAACUGCUUCUACCGAGUCAUGUCAACUUUAAUCGUAUAUUUCGUGCCAUCUGUGUAACUGAGAUUGUCUUGAAGUAUAGAAUAGAAAGUAUAUACACCUGAAACUGCUUUUACCGAGUCAUGUCAACUUUGAUCGUAUAUUUCGUGCCAUCUGUGUAACUGAGAUUGUCUUGAAGUAUAGAAUAGAAAGUAUAUACACGUAGAAUGAUAAGAUCGAAAACAAAGUUUUUCCCAGAAAUCAAUCCAUUACUGUAUGUUUUCCUUAUUGGUCUCAUAUAAGUACUUUUAUAAAAUUCUGUUUAUGUAAUUAGAUUCAGGUUUGUUUUUUAAUUGUAUUAUUUAGUGCCAAAUUUAACUUAGCAGUAAGGAAACAUUAUUUAUGAAUAUAUAUAUAUACACACACCUAUCCUUUAAGGAAUAAAUCAGUUUAAGAUGUGUGUUUUAAUAUACAUUAUAUCUUUUAAUAGUUGUAUGUGAGCCU